CCACACUGUUUGUUGACUUGCAUUCGACAGCAAUAACAACUACUAUCUUUCUGCUGUUUUCACCAGUUGAUUUCAUGAAAUUAAAUUAAAAAUUAAAUACAAUUUCCAAUAUGUCAUUCCUGCGUGGUUCACUGAACUAUGUUUGGUGCACUACCAGCGUGCUGGGCAAAGGCGCCACCGGUUCUGUGUUUCAGGGCGUUAACAAGACAACUGGUGAAUCGGUGGCCGUCAAGACUUUCAAUCCAUAUAGCCAUAUGCGUCCUGCUGACGUUCAAAUGCGCGAAUUCGAAGCACUCAAGAAGGUGAACCAUGAAAACAUUGUCAAACUGCUGGCCAUCGAGGAGGAUCAGGAAGGACGUGGUAAAGUCAUUGUCAUGGAGCUCUGCACAGGCGGCAGUCUUUUCAACAUACUCGAUGAUCCCGAGAACUCUUAUGGGCUACCAGAGCACGAAUUCCUGCUGGUGCUGGAGCAUCUGUGUGCCGGCAUGAAGCAUUUGCGUGACAAUAAACUUGUGCAUCGUGAUCUCAAGCCUGGUAACAUAAUGAAAUUCAUCUCUGAAGAUGGCCAGACAAUCUAUAAACUAACAGACUUUGGUGCUGCGCGAGAACUCGAGGAUAAUCAACCCUUUGCCUCGCUCUACGGCACAGAGGAGUACUUGCAUCCUGAUCUCUACGAGCGUGCCGUGUUGCGCAAGUCCAUACAACGCUCAUUUACCGCUAAUGUGGAUCUGUGGUCCAUUGGCGUCACCCUCUACCAUGUGGCUACUGGAAAUUUGCCCUUUCGUCCCUAUGGAGGUCGCAAGAAUCGCGAGACAAUGCAUCAGAUAACCACCAAGAAGGCAUCGGGCGUUAUUUCGGGCACUCAGCUGGCCGAGAAUGGUCCCAUCGAAUGGUCCACCACACUGCCACCACAUGCACAUCUCUCACAAGGUCUCAAAACACUCGUGACGCCACUUUUAGCCGGCUUGCUGGAGGAGAAUCGUGAGAAGACUUGGUCGUUUGAUCGGUUCUUUCAGGAGGUUACUUUAAUACUGCGCAAACGUGUCAUUCAUGUGUUCUUCACGAAUCGCACCACUUCGGUGGAAGUUUUUCUGGAGCCGGACGAGCAGAUCGACAACUUCCGGGAGCGCAUCUUUCUGCAGACCGAAGUGCCAUUGGAGAAGCAAAUACUGCUGUUCAACAACGAGCAUCUAGAGAAGAAGGUGACGCCACGAACCAUAGCCAAGGCGUUUCCUGGCACAACCACAGAGCAGCCAAUAUUCCUCUACAGCAAUGAUGAUAAUAAUGUGCAGUUGCCACAGCAGUUGGAGCUGCCCAAGUUCCCAGUAUUUCCGCCAAACGUCUCCGUUGAAAACGAUGCCAGUUUGGCAAAGACAGCAUGCAGCGUUGGGCAUGAAUGCAAGCGACGAGUGGACAUAUUUACCACAAUGGACAUAUUGAUCAAGAAGGGUGUCGAGCAAUUUAUCGAGAUGUUGAUUACCACAAUUACCUUACUGUUGAAAAAAACGAAGAGCUUUGACAAUUUGCUGUCGACUGUGGUGGACUAUGCAGAUGUGGUGCAGAACAUGAGUCGAGUGACAAAAGGAGAUCAGGAGCUAAAGAGCUUGCUUAGCGCCUUGGAGACUGUGAAAUCAGAUUUCGAUGCAGCAGCCGAUGUGAUAACACAAAUGCACAAACACUUUGUUACAGACGACGAACUCAAUGAACAGUGGACAUCGUCGAUGCAUGGCAAAAAGUGUCCAUGCCGCACUCGAGCGAGUGCUCAAGCCAAGUAUUUGGUGGAACGUUUGCGUGAUUCGUGGCAACACCUUUUGCGGGAUCGUGCUACACGUACAUUGACCUACAACGAUGAACAGUUCCAUGCCCUGGAAAAGAUCAAGGUGGAUCACAAUGGCAAACGCAUCAAGCAAUUGCUGCUGGACAAUGUCAAUCCGGCUGUUGCACAAAUGGCCGAGUGCCUGGCGGAUUGGUAUAAAUUGGCGCAAACCGUUUAUCUUAAGACACAAAUCUUGGAGAAGGAUGUGCGUGAUUGUGAACGCAAAUUAUAUGAUAUACGCGACGAGCUGUAUCACAUCAAGUCGGAACAGAAGCUCGAUGUGGAUACUAAGAACAUUUCGAGCAACAAUCAAUUGGCCAAAAUUGAGGAACGCAAUCGGUUGCGCAUUAUGAAACAGCAGCAACUGGAAGUCAUGGCUGUGAUGCGAAAGAAUAGUGAACUUAUUGCGCUCCUAAGCAAUUUGGGCAUUAUCGAUGGCAAAGUAAAUGGUAGCUAGCUUACUUGUAAGAUUAUACAGAAAUUAGUUAAGUAAAAAUAUAAUAACGUGUUUUUGACAAUUUAUAAUGUUAAUAAGUGCAU